UCUCACACUAAAGGUUGUGCCAAGAUGUGGAGUUCUCAAAGUAGGCUUGUCUAUUCUUCUACUCCCCCCUCCCCUUAGCCCCUAGCCAGAUGGUUUGGUCUACUUAUGAUGUCAUUCUUUCAGCUGUUGUAGCAGAGAGCAUUUGGAGAGUUUGAAUUUUAUCUUGCACUGUAGUGGCUGAGCUGCCUGGAGGAGACAGGCAGGCAGUUGGAAAGACAUACUUAAUGUGUUUGUGUAAGUCACUGCUGCAAUGUCACACACAUCUUCAUUGUCUUUGUGUGUGCAUACGUGGUCAUCUGUGAUUCAGAGACAUGUUCAUUUUCUUGGUCUCUAGUCCUUUCAUGAAUUUUAGCUAUAAAACUUCAGCUUUCUUUGUUAUGCAAACUUUUUGGAAGUUAAGUGCUGCCUUGGAAAGGGGAGGAAAGGAAGUGAAUUGACGCUGGAGAAGAGCAUUAGCACAAACAGACUAGUUAAGUUUUGGAGAAAAGUGGCUUCUACCUUCUGACUGGAUGGAGACGAACAUCUGAAAUUGUUUACCUGUGUCCAUCUGCUGGGGUGGACAUCAAGCUUUAACUGUGGCCUUUACGACCUCCACAUCAUGGAUGUGAGCCAACCAAAAGAGGAUGUACCAAGUAUCCAGUGUGAUCUGGAAAUUCAGCGCAGUUAUGACAUCAUACCUUCCAUCAUCUGUGCAAUGUGCUGCUUCUUUGGAGUUGUUUACUGUUUCUUUGGUUACCGGUGUUUCAAAGCAAUCAUGUUUUUGUCUGGCCUUCUUUUUGGGUCUGUUAUCAUCUUUCUGUUGUGCUACAAAGAGCGGAUUCUGGAAACUCAGCUCAGUGUGGAGGUGAGUGCUGGAAUCGCACUGGGCAUCGGCAUACUCUGUGGUCUAGUUACUAUGCUGGUGCGCAGUGUGGGACUCUUCAUGACGGGUCUUUUACUGGGGCUUCUUCUGGCUACUGCAACCCUGGUAACGAUGGAGCAAUUCUAUCAUCCUUCAACUGUGUGGGUGCCGAUUGGCCUUCUCAUGGGCAUGGCCAUGUUAUUUGCUGUCCUGACUCUCCAGUGGCAGAAAUUCUUCACCAUUAUUUCCACAGCUGUGUUUGGAGGGGCCACGAUGGCAGUCUGUGUGGACUAUUUCAUUGAACUGCUUGUGCUUGUAAAAUACAUUUAUGGUCGCAUUAGUGCUGCAGACCCACAACAGCUGUGCUGGUACAGCUGGGUAAUCAUGGGAGUAUGGCCAACUUUGAGCAUUCUUGGAAUUGUAGUCCAGUGGAAGUUGACAGCUGAGGGCUUCUCACAUGCAGAAGUGAUACUUAGCCGGAGGCAGAAGAGAUUACAGCUGAUGCGAAUUCGCCAAAAAGAAGCCAAGAGAAGACACAGUGUGCAACAGCAGGAGGGGACAUACAGACGGAAGCCCACUCCAGUGAAACGUUACACAGGAGAUGUGUUAGCACCAAGUUAUUUGCAGAGCCUCCGUGACCGUCAGAUGGGUACUGGAACAUCGGUGAGCAGCUUGAGUACCAACAUACACACCAUUGUGGACUUGGAUUAUGAUACUGGCUCCACAGUUCCACUGACUGCUACCACACCAGUUGUCCGUAUCUAAUAAAUGCAAGCAGCACAGACCUGCCAAAAAAUGAGAAACACCUAGAGAGAGAGAAAAACAGUGGGAGGAUUCCUGAUGGUGUGUUUUUUGGAAACAGUGGCUUACUGUAUGGUAUUCAAACAUUACUGGCAGUUUAACUGGACAUGGCUUGCAUUCACGCCUGCUACUUUACAGAGAGACAAUAUCACAACAAAAUGUCAGAAUGGUGGUUCCUUGGCCACUGAGACUUUUGAGCAUCUGUUAUGUAGUAGUGACUCCAGAUCCACUGUUUGUUUACUCUCUAGGUGUUCUUUGAAAAGAUGAACAUUAUUAUCUGUCUGUCUGUCUCCUCCUUAACCACUUCAAGGAAAUAAACUUUAUUAUUGCUUUUUACCCCAUUUGGGGUAGAGUCAAGAAUGCUAUGGCAACAGUUCAAGAAACAUGGGAAAGAAGCCAUUUAAUGCUGUCACCUGGGCAACGGGUGAUCUAGUUUACAACAUGGAGUCUGUGCAUUCAGCCUAAAACUGGGCAUUUUAAUUUUCUGCAGCACUGACAAAACUACAAGUUAUUUAUUAUGAACAGCAUUUGUUUUAGAAGUAAAAAAAGAAAAAAAAAACACUAAAGCAAGUCAAGAGUCUGUUGUUUUAUCAUUUUUACCGGUGGCCAAUGUCCUAGCCACAGCAAAUAACCAUAUUGAUUUAGACCUUAGGCCUUAGCAGAGAAACCUGUCUUAAAAUGAUUUGGUAUAGCUUGAGUGCACUUGUACAAUUUAUAUGGUCCUUUCUGUCCAUACUGACUCAAGACGGCUAUUUGUUCCAUACAUUGUUUGAGAGAAUAAGUGCCAUACGUUUGGAUGUUUUUGUAAAUACAAACAAACAACAGUAAAGUGAAUGGGUGGGUUGGGGGUUAAGCAUGUACCCCACAUGUGAGACUUAAGUAGAAUAUUCAGUGCUUCAGACUAGUUAAGAACCUCAGGCUAUGCAGAAUGCAUUUCUUCUCUGCUAAUUUGAACAAAUGUUGCCGUAAGUGUCCUUAAUCCUAUUUCAGGAGAAAUUACUUAAACUGAUGCUGAAGCCCCUGCUGGCACAGUGGGCUGAUGAACAGGGUUGGGGGCAUGGUACUUUUUUGUGUUUAAAUUGCUUUCAGCAUUAUUAAAUUUACUGUCAGUGUUGCAGUGAUAUUCUGGAGCUGAUGACUGUUACUGGCCCUCCUGUUUGUCUUUAUCCAUCAUUUUCCAAAGCAGACCUAGUAAGGGUUGCUUUUGGAGUGUUAUAAAAUUGAUUUAAUGCUUUUAAGGUCAUUUGUCAGUUCAGAUGCUGAAUUUGGUACAUACAUGAGUACAUGGGGAAAUGCAUUUGUUUUAUUAGUACACACUACUUUGUCUCGGUGCUAGAUUAUGUGACAUAUGUGACUUUUUUCAUCUUUUUAAUUAACCCAUUUAGAUGGACUUUCAUAUGUCAUUGCAAAGGGUUCUGCAUUUCCUGUUGAUAUUGUACGAACCUCCUCCUGACCCCUGUUUUUUGGGGGGAAGGGUCUUAUUUAUAUGAACGUAUAACCCUUUUUUUUUUCAGAAGUGACCCCCCCCCCAUUUUGCUGUUUUUCACAACAAAAUCUGAAUACAUUUAAAAUGACUCGGGGGGGGGGGGGGGGUAAAAAGAAUGUGAAGAAAAAAAUAUACAUUUUGCUUUCCUCCUUGGCCACUGAAAUUAGAGUGGCCACACACACACACACACACAUACACACACACACACACACACACACACACACACACACACACACACACACACACACACACACACACAUGCUAUUGCACUGGCCAAAUAUCCAAGCCUCUGUUAUCUUCAGUGAACAAAGAUUUAUGUUUUGAAACACUGCUCCCUUUCACCAAGAAAAUCAAAGAUAAAUGCUUCAUCCAAAACUCUGAAUAGGUUUUAACUUUGAAGGUUGUCCUUUCCUGUAGGUAAUUUUUAUGGCUGGAUGUUUUAACUAGACAGUGUAUUGUAUCUAUGGAAUUUCUCUUGUACUAACAGCACUUAAGAUGUAGAUUGUAAUUUUAUAAUGUAACAAUAAAACAUCUGGUCUUGUUAUUUUGUAUGUAAUAAUUUCUUCCCUCCAGCCUUCCCUAGAUUGCCUAUGAAUUGUACACUGCUCCCAAUGUUUUGUAACAGUUUGUGACAAAUGUUUACUUUUAAAACUGCAACUUGUAAUAAAAGAACCUGUUCCCCUUA